AUGGCAUCGAAGAUCCUCAACACCAAGGCCGGUGUCAUCUACGGCGAGGACGUGAAGCAGCUCUUCGAGCAUUGCCAGAAGAAUGCUUACGCCAUCCCCGCCAUCAACGUCACCAGCUCCUCCACCGCCGUGGCCGCCCUCGAAGCCGCCAAAGACGCCCAGUCCCCCAUCAUCCUGCAGUUGUCUCAGGGCGGAGCGGCCUACUUCUGCGGCAAGGGUGUCAAGAACGAGAAGGAGUCCGCCUCUAUUGCCGGCUCCGUGGCUGCGGCUCAGUAUAUCAGGUCCGUGGCACCACAGUAUGGCGUCCCUGUCAUCCUCCAUACCGACCACUGCGCCAAGAAGCUGCUUCCGUGGCUCGACGGCAUGCUCGACGCCGAUGAGAAGCACCACAAGGAGCACGGCGUGCCGCUUUUCUCUUCCCACAUGAUCGAUCUGUCGGCUGAGGAUGUUGAGUACAACGUCAAGACCACCGCUGAAUACCUGAAGCGUGCUGCCCCGAUGAAGCAGUGGCUCGAGAUGGAGAUCGGCAUUACGGGAGGUGAGGAAGACGGAGUCAACAAUGAGAGCGCCGACAACAACAGCCUCUACACCCAGCCCGAGGACAUCUACCACAUCUACAAGACUCUCAGCCCCAUCAGCCCCUACUUCUCCAUUGCCGCCGGCUUCGGCAACGUGCACGGCGUGUACAAGCCCGGCAACGUCAAGCUGCGACCAGAGCUGCUCCAGAAGCAUCAGAAGCACGUCCAGGAGAAGGAGAGCAGCAAGAAUGAGAAGCCCGUCUUCCUCGUUUUCCACGGUGGUUCCGGAUCUAGCAAGGAGGACUACCAGCAAGCCAUCUCCUACGGCGUUGUCAAGGUCAACCUCGACACUGAUCUGCAGUGGGCGUACACCGAGGGUAUCCGCGACUACAUGUUCAAGAACAAGGACUACGUCAGCACGCAGGUCGGCAACCCGGAGGGUGACGACAAGCCGAACAAGAAGUACUACGACCCCCGUGUCUGGGUCCGCGAGGGUGAGAAGAGCAUGACCAAGCGCAUCGCCACUGCGCUCAAGGACUUCAAUGCCGCUGGGCAGUUGUAG